AAAUGUCCACUUUUCUUACAGUUGGCCUUCUCCUACUCUUUGUCGUUGAUUAUGGGUCCUCCGAGAACUCCAGUACUCCACGAGGAUGUGGACUGGAUCUCCUUCCUCAAUAUGUUGACCUAUGUGAUCUGGAUGCUAUCUGGGGAAUUGUCGUUGAGGCUGUGGCAGGUGCAGGAGUGUUGACCACAUUGCUCCUCAAGUUGAUCUUGCUGGCGAGGCUGCCCUUUAUCAAAGGCAAAGAAAAAAGGAGCCCGUUAGGCAUCCAUUUCCUCUUCUUUUUAGGGACCUUGGCUCUUUUUGGCUUGGCAUUUGCAUUCAUCAUUGAGGAGGAUGAGACCAUCUGUUCCAUCCGCAGGUUCUCCUGGGGAGUUCUCUUUGCACUGUGCUUCUCCUGUUUGCUCGCUCAAGCCUGGCGGCUCAGGAGACUCGUCCGCCACGGCAAAAGUCCAUCUGGAUGGCAGCUGUCUGGAAUUGCUGUCUGUAUUGCGUUAGUCCAGGUCAUCAUUGCAACAGAAUGGCUGAUACUGACCAUCGUGAGGGAUGGAAAGCCGGCCUGCCAUUAUGAGCCAAUGGAUUUUGCGAUGGCUUCCAUUUAUGUGAUGUUCUUGAUGAUGGUCGCCAUGAGUUUGUCCUUCUUCACAUUGUGUGGGAAAUUUAAGAAGUGGAAGAAGAAUGGGGUGUGCCUUGUCAUCACCAGUUUUUUCUCAAUCCUCAUUUGGGUGGCUUGGCUAACUAUGUACCUUUAUGGUAACAAGGAACUGGGAAGAAGAGACCAGUGGCGGGAUCCAACUCUUGCAGUGGCGCUGGUAGCCAAUGGCUGGGUGUUUAUAAUCUUCUAUGCCAUCCCAGAGGUUCACUGCGCCAUCCUGCCAUCCCAACAAGAGAACACACCCAAUUAUUUUGAUACUACACAACCACGAAUGCGCGAAACUGCUUUUGAGGAUGACCUCCAGCUUCCUCGAAGUUACAUGGAAAAUAAAGCUUUUUCGAUGGAUGAACAUAAUGCAGCAUUACGGACGGCAGGAUUUCGCAAUGGCAGUUUGGGAAGCCGUUCAAGUGCUCCCUUCCGAAGCAACGUCUACCAGCCCACUGAGAUGGCGGUUGUCUUGAAUGGUGGGACUAUUCCAACUGCUCCACCAAGUUACACUGGAAGACACCUAUGGUGAAAAAACUUAGAGGCCAUAGAGGAAGAGAGAGAGAGAGAGAGAAUCCAUUAACAAAGUUUUAUUCUCCCCCCCCCCCCCCCAAACAGUGUGUGUCUUUCAGAGGAAGGAAACCCAUCUGGGUGCAUGGAAGGUCCUAGAAACGGAUAGUUUGGCGGGGGGGAGGUUCCUCCUUUUUUAAAAAAUAAAAUGAAUAAAUAAAACAAAAACAUGAGCACUGUCAAAUUGAUAAGCUAACUACAAGGAGCCUCUGCAAUGCGAUAGAAGCUGACCGAAUUUAAAAGUAGAUCUAGGCACGCUCUUCUUUUUUCAAAAGAAAAAAAGGGAGGGGGAGAAAAGGAUUGAGCAGCAAAAUCACAAGAAAGUGUUUGGUUAGAGAAAGGGGAAAGGCUUUGGAAGGCACUGAAUUAUAGUAAGGCAAAGAUCUUUAAUUCAUAUCUUCAUAGAUUCACGUGAUUGCCCACACAAGUGGUCUUUUGAUUCCUUUGCUACUCUUUGAGCAACAUUUGCGUGGGGGGGAAAAAGCCCAUUGUUCAUUUAGAGCAGUGUUUCUGAAACUUGGCAACUUUAAGAUGUUGUGGACUUCAUGCUGGCUGGGGAAUUCUGGGAGUUGAAGUCCACACAUCUUAAAGCUGCCAAGUUUCAGAAACACUGAUUUAGAGUCAGUUGUGAUCUGCACUGUGGAACCUCAAGCAAUGGACCGAAUGCUUUCUCUUCACACGCAAGGUGCUGGUGUGCUUGUGGGACUCCAGAUCAGGUGGCAACAAUGGCCCAAAGACAGUGGUGUCUUAGCAGGCACUUUCUCGGGUGCUUAAGCUCUUUUUAAAACCAUAAGAGCUUUCAGACAGCUUGUCUUCUG